GUCGCAGUGGCGCGGAGAUGCAGGGGGCAUGGAUGGCCUCGGGCGUGGGGCGGCAGCUGCUGAGAUUGGGGGGCGGCAGCUCGCGGUGCGGCGCACUCCUGGGGCAGACCCCGCCGGCCCCUGCCUGGCGACCCUAUGCCAGUGGGGCCGCCCAGGCGGUUCUGGAGAAGCCAGACUCCCUCCGUGAUGCCUCCGUCAAGGAGAAGCAGCCCCAGGCCGAAUCCAAGUCAUUUGCUGUGGGGAUGUUUAAGGGCCAGCUCACCACGGAUCAGGUGUUCCCAUACCCAUCAGUGCUCACCGAGGAGCAGACACAGUUUCUCAAAGAGCUGGUGGGGCCUGUAUCCCGUUUCUUCGAAGAGGUGAAUGAUCCUGCUAAGAAUGAUGCGCUGGAGCAGGUGGAGGAAACCACUCUGCAAGGCCUCAAGGAGCUGGGGGCCUUCGGUCUGCAAGUGCCCAGUGAGCUGGGUGGUGUGGGCCUCUGCAAUACUCAGUAUGCCCGCCUGGUGGAAAUCGUGGGGAUGCAUGACCUCGGCGUGGGCAUCACCCUAGGGGCCCAUCAGAGCAUCGGUUUCAAAGGCAUCCUGCUCUUUGGCACAAAGGCCCAGAAAGAAAAAUACCUCCCCAAACUGGCAUCUGGAGAGACUGUGGCCGCCUUCUGUCUCACUGAGCCUGCCAGCGGGUCGGAUGCUGCCUCUAUCCGGACCUCAGCUGUGCCAAGCCCCUGUGGAAAAUACUACACCCUCAAUGGCAGCAAGAUCUGGAUCAGCAAUGGGGGUAUAGCAGAAAUCUUCACCGUUUUUGCCAAAACACCAGUUACAGAUGCAUCUACAGGGACCAUGAAGGAGAAGAUCACAGCUUUUGUGGUGGAGAGGAGCUUUGGGGGCGUUACCCACGGGCCCCCCGAGAAGAAGAUGGGCAUCAAGGCCUCGAACACAGCGGAGGUGUACUUUGAUGGCGUCCAGGUGCCGGCGGAGAACGUGCUGGGCGAGGUGGGGGGCGGCUUCAAGGUCGCCAUGCACAUUCUCAACAACGGGAGGUUCGGCAUGGCCGCGGCCCUCGCGGGCACCAUGAAGGGCAUCAUUGCCAAGGCGGUGGAGCAUGCUGCUAAUCGGACCCAGUUCGGGCAGAAAAUUCACAACUUCGGGCUGAUCCAGGAGAAGCUGGCCCGCAUGGCUGUGCUGCAGUACGUGACAGAGUCCAUGGCCUACAUGGUGAGUGCCAACAUGGACCAGGGAUCCAAGGACUUCCAGAUCGAAGCCGCCAUCAGCAAAAUCUUUGGUUCGGAGGCGGCUUGGAAGGUGACUGAUGAGUGCAUCCAGAUCAUGGGGGGCAUGGGCUUCAUGAAGGAGCCCGGGGUGGAACGCGUGCUCCGUGAUCUUCGCAUCUUCCGGAUCUUUGAGGGGACGAACGACAUUCUCCGGCUGUUUGUAGCUCUGCAGGGCUGUAUGGACAAAGGAAAGGAACUCGCUGGGCUUGGCAAUGCUCUGAAGAAUCCUUUUGGGAACGCCAGCCUCCUGCUGGGAGAGGCAGGCAAGCAGCUGAGGCGGCGGACAGGGCUGGGCAGUGGCCUGAGCCUCAGCGGAACCAUCCACCAGGACUUGAGUCGGAGUGGCGAGCUGGCAGUGCAGGCUCUGGAGCAGUUUGCCACGGUGGUAGAGGCCAAGCUGAUAAAACAUAAGAAGGAGAUUGUUGAUGAACAGUUCCUGCUGCAGCGCCUCGCAGACGCUGCCAUCGACCUCUAUGCCAUGGUGGUGGUUCUCUCCAGGGCCUCAAGAGCCCUGAGUGAGGGCCACCCCUCAGCCCAGCAUGAGAAAAUGCUCUGUGACAGCUGGUGUAUCGAGGCUGCGGCCCGGAUCCGGGAGAACAUGGCUGCCCUGCAGUCCGACCCCCAGCAGCAGAAGCUCUUCCGCAACUUCAGAAGUAUCUCCCAGGCCUUGGUGGAGCGCGGUGGGGUGGUCACCAGCAACCCCCUGGGCUUCUGAACACUCCCCCCCAGGAGAGACAAGUGCCUUCUCUCAAGCCAAAGCCUGGGCCCCUCUCCCCAGGGCCUGGGUCUGCCUUGAAGGGGGCUGUGAGCCCCCAGGAUGUGCCUGCUGCUCUUGAGGGAGCACUCACUGCCUCACAGAAAUAAAGUCUCUCAGCAGCA